AUGGACAGUUCAAGUGAAACCGGAAGCGACAGUGAUUAUUUCGAUGAUGCAAACAGCGGUUCGGAAACGGGAGAUGGCGAAAGCCAAACAUCCGACGAUGAUGAUGAAAUUGAUUUAGAAAACCUAAAAUUAGACGAUGACUCCACAUGGAAAAGUUCGUAUACUUCCCGUUCUGGAAUGAUUUGGUCCUCAACUCCUCAUCAUUCAACGAAAAAUGAUUUUUCGAAUGAUGUUAUUCAAAAAGCUGGUCUUACAAAUACCAGUGAAAAUAUUUCAUCUGUCGAAGAUGCAUUCAUGUGUUUUAUGCCAAACAAACUUCUGGAAAAAAAUCUUGGAUUAUUCAAACUUGGAGUAUACUCACAAGAAUACCUCCACGAAAAAAAUUGA